AUGGAUAAGUGGCCUUUGUUGUUCGCAUUGGAGAAGGAGAAAUGUUGUUUGGUUAUGGAUAGGGUCCCGAAGUCCGGCUCAGAUGGUCAAUGGAAAUGGUGCUGGUCCAGACCAAUGCUGAAUCAGGAGGAGGUUGCAGAAUUAUCGGACUGUUUGUCUUUUCUGAAUGGUGUGAGUAUCAGUGACGUCAAAGAUAAGUGGCUGUGGUCUCCGGACGGCUCAGGUCGGUUUUCCACUUUGUCCUUUAGAUCCUUGUUUUCUUUCGCUUCUGAAUCGGGUCAAAGGUAUAGUAUUUGGAAAGGUGGUUGGAUUAAAUCCAAAUGUGACAUUUUCAUAUGGAGAGCUUCUCAAGAUCGGAUCCCUACGAGACAGGCGUUGCCAAGAAGGAACAUCCUGAUUGAUUCGUCGGAUUGUAUCUUGUGUGGUGAGGAUAUCGAGACGGUAGACCAUCUUUUUUCGGCUUGUAGAAUCGCGGUCGAGGUUUGGGAGAAAAUCAGCGCUUGGCUUAAGAUCCCCCCUUUAUUCGCUUUUUCGUUUGGGGAUAUUAUUUCGAUUCAUGAAAGUGUUGGGGAGAACAGGAGAGCCAAAGAUAUUAUUCGGGGUCUAUUAAUGAUUGCUUGCUGGUGUAUUUGGAAAUCUCGUAAUGAUAAGUUUUUCUCCAGCGGUAAAGGUUGCGGUGCGGAAAUCUUCGGGGAAGUGAAAGCGAUAGGGUUCCUCUGGUUAAAAUGUAGAUCCAUUAAUAAGGGUUUAGUGUGGAGUGAAUGGUGUAAGUAUUCUCUGUAUAUGUUGUAG